AUGGAAAAGAAAGAUAUUGAUUUCAAAGCUUUGGAGAAAGAGUUGCAGGCUGCACUUGAUGCUGAUGAGAAGUACAAGAGGGAGAAUGCGGCCAAGUUUCGAGCAGUUGAACAGAGGGUGUCUUCCUAUGAAGAAUUCAGGGAUAUUGUCCUAGCUUCACACCUGAAGCCACUGGAGCGAAAGGACAAAAUUAGAGAGAAGAUCACUGCGCCCUGGAAUUGUCACUGUACUCAGGAAAGGGCCUCCCAGGAUGAGUCUGCUAACAUCUCCCAGGAGAAACCACUCUUCCAGCCUGAAACCUCAGCAGAGUUCUACCGUGACUGGCGACGAUAUCUGCAGAGUGGCCCAGAGCGCUACCAGGCUCUGCUGCAGCUUGGAGGUGCAAAGCUGGGCCGCCUUUUCCAGACCGAUGUGGGGUUUGGACUUCUAGGGGAGCUGCUGGUAGUAAUGGGUGAUCAUGUGAGACGAGCUGACCAGCCCAGGGUCCUGCAGAUCCUGCGCAGCCUGGCUGACACGGGGCGCUUCACACUAAAUCUCAGCCUACUGAGUCCUGCAGAGCGGCAGAGUUGCCGAGGCUUAUUUCAGAAGCUAAGGGCCAUGAGCUCCUCCAUUCCCGAGGAGGGGCUUGGCCUGGAGGAAGAGAGUCUGGAGAAGGGGCAGCCUGGUGGGAUAAUGGAGGAUGACAUGCUCCUGCAAGAGCUGCUGGAGCUGUACCAGGUGGACUGA